GGCCCGCGGCGACUGAGGAAGUUUCCGCUUUGCGCUCCACCCCGGUAGCAGGUCGGCGACUGGGGACGGCUUCCUCUGGUGAACCUUCUGCGGGCCUUGCUCCCGCCGUUUGCCAGCCCGGCCCGAUCAUGGGGUUUCCCAAGGGGCCGGAGGGCCGGGGUCUCCCGGAGGUGGAAACACGAGAAGAUGAAGAACAAAAUGUCAAGUUGACUGAAAUUUUGGAGCUCUUGGUUGCAGCUGGAUAUUUCAGGGCACGAAUUAAAGGCUUGUCCCCUUUUGACAAGGUAGUGGGAGGGAUGACGUGGUGCAUCACCACUUGCAGCUUUGACGUAGAUGUUGAUCUGCUGUUUCAGGAAAACUCAACAAUAGGUCAAAAAAUAGCUCUCUCAGAAAAAAUUGUCUCAGUCCUGCCAAGGAUGAAAUGCCCACACCAGCUGGAGCCCCACCAGAUCCAGGGCAUGGACUUUAUUCACAUAUUUCCUGUUGUUCAGUGGCUGGUGAAGCGAGCCAUAGAAACAAGAGAAGAGAUGGGUGACUACAUCCGCUCCUACUCCAUAUCCCAGUUCCAGAAAACCUACAGUCUCCCAGAGGAUGAUGACUUCAUAAAGAGGAAAGAAAAGGCCAUCAGGACAGUUGUUGACAUAUCAGGUGUGUACAAGCCCCGUCGGAAAUACAAACGCCAGCGGGGAGCAGAGGAGCUGCUGGACGAAGAGUCCCGAAUCCAUGCUACACUUCUGGAAUAUGGCAGGAGAUACGGAUUUAGCCGCCAGAGCAAAACAGAGAAGGCCGAGGACAAGAAAUCAGCACUUUCUGCAGGGCUCUCAAUGGCAGAAAAAGCUGAAGCCCACGAGGAAGACGAGCUCCAAGCUGCUGAAGAGCAGCGUAUUCAGUCACUGAUGACCAAGAUGACCGCCAUGGCAACUGAGGAGAGCCGGCUUACCGCAAGCUCCGUAGGCCAGAUCGUGGGCCUGUGCUCCGCUGAGAUCAAGCAGAUAGUGUCUGAGUAUGCUGAGAAGCAAUCUGAGUUAUCUGCCGAAGAUAGUCCAGAAAAAUUAGGAGCUUCUCAGCUACAUCGUCGGAAAAUCAUUUCCUUGAACAAGCAGAUUCUGCAGAAAACCAAACAUCUGGAAGAGCUGCAGGCAAGUCAUGCCAACUUACAAGCCAAAUAUAAUGAAAAAAAGAAAACACUGACAGAGUUGAAAAGUUACAGUGAGAAACUGGACAAAGAACAGGCAGCCCUCGAGAAGAUAGAAUCCAAAGCUGAUCCAAGUAUCCUGCAGAACUUGAGAGCACUUGUAGCCAUGAACGAAAAUCUGAAAAGGCAGGAACAGGAGUUUAAAGCGCAUUGUCGCGAGGAGAUGACACGACUGCAGCAGGAAAUUGAAAACCUGAAAGCUGAGAGAGCACCAGGUGGAGACGAAAAGACCCCCGCCAGUGGAGAGCCGCAUGGUGACCUGACCUCUGUGAUGACCCAUAAUGAAGACCUAGACAGACGGUAUAAUAUGGAGAAAGAGAAACUUUACAAAAUCCGUUUGUUACAGGCUCGACGAAAUCGGGAAAUAGCAAUUUUGCACCGUAAGAUUGAUGAAGUGCCCAGCCGAGCAGAGCUAAUACAGUAUCAGAAGAGAUUUAUUGAACUCUACCGCCAGAUUUCAGCUGUCCACAAAGAAACCAAGCAGUUCUUCACUUUAUAUAAUACCCUGGACGAUAAAAAGGUGUAUUUGGAAAAAGAGAUUAGCCUGCUGAACUCAAUUCAUGAAAACUUCUCACAAGCCAUGGCCUCCCCUACUUCCCGGGACCAGUUUUUACGUCAGAUGGAACAGAUCGUAGAAGGAAUUAAGCAAAGUAGAAUGAAGAUGGAAAAGAAGAAGCAAGAGAACAAAAUGCGAAGAGACCAGUUGAACGACCAGUACUUGGAAUUGUUAGAAAAACAGAGACUGUACUUUAAGACGGUGAAAGAAUUCAAGGAGGAGGGCCGCAAGAACGAGGUGCUGCUGUCCAAGGUCAAAGCCAAGGCUUCCUGAAAAUUCCGGCAAUCAUCAUAUAUCAUUUUUUUCUUUUUACUGCCCAUGUAUCAACUACAAGAUCAUGAAAUGGUUCUGAAAGCUACACUAGAGAGAUACAGAUGUAAUGAUUAAUGAUUUCAGCACCCUGGAUAUUUUCUUUCUCCUAUUUGCUUGCUUCCAUUUUCAUCUCUUGGUUGUUGGUGAUGGAAUCAGACAAUGUAAACACUAAUGGCUUGGAUAACAAGCCCAUCACCGUAUGAAAAACUAUGGGCAGUAUCUGUUCUCUGUGUCAAUCAACUUUCAUUUCUUCAGCAAUGUUGCAUAUAUGAAAAAAAAAAUAUGAAGGUACCUAUAUUUGUAUGAACUCUGAAUAAAGAGGAAUUCCUUUGUUCAGCAAAUAUUCCUUGAGAAGUAAGCACUGAGCGAGAUACAGAGGCGUGUAAAGCACAGACCCCACCCCUCAGGCACCCAGCAAGUGGCCCAUGUAGCAGGUACUGUCCACUUGGCCCCCGAGUUUGGCCAUCUGAGAUUUUUUUAAUAAACAAAACUUUUAGCUGGAUGACCAGCCCAUGUGAAUGUCGGUCACUGGGCCCUUCAUUGCCCAUGUUACCUUUUGCACUUGGCUUCUUGGGUGACAUAGCAACCAGUGUGACAGCUCAGUAUUGUUGGUUUAGUCCUUGUGUGCUACUCGAAUUCAUUUCACCAAAAACUGAAAACCGGCCUCAUACUGAGGACUUGAGUAAGAAUGAACCUUCCCGUGCCCUGAUUCUUAUUUGAGUCAGCCAGCACAUGGAUGAUCUUGUGCAUCCCGUCAUUAAAAUCAUCCUAUGUACGCCGCACUCCAGAGCAGGUCGUGCUCUAACCGAGGCGCUGAGGCGCACACGCCAUCCACUGCAAUCCACAGCAGUGUCUGAUGAGUCUCAGAGUAAAAGACAGUGAGCGGGUAGCACAGGGAGUCAGAGGAGGAAGAGCAGGGAGGUUUGCAGAGAUCUAGGAAGACUUCACAAUGGAGGUAGGAUUCACGCUAGGUCUGAAGGGGCAAUAGAAUUUUAAUAAGCAGGAAGGCCAUUUUGGAUAAAGAAAAGACCAAUAAACAACAUUGUGAUAAAUGGAGAAAAGAUUGAAGUUGUCAAGGAUUUCAUUUUACUUGGAUCCACAAUCAACAGCCAUGGAAGCAGCGGUCAAGAAAUCAAAAGACGCAUUGCAUUGGGUAAAUCUGCUGCAAAGGACCUCUUUAAAGUGUUGAAGAGCAAAGAUGUCACCUUGAAGACUAAGGUGCGCCUGACCCAAGCCAUGGCGUUUUCAGUCACAUCAUAUGCGUGUGAAAGCUGGACAGUGAAUAAGGAAGACUGAAGAAGAAUUGAAGCCUUUGAAUUGUGGUGUUGGCGAAGAAUAUUGAAUAUACCAUGGACUGCCAAAAGAACGAACAAAUCUGUCUUGGAGGAAGUACAACCAGAAUGCUCACUAGAAGCAAGGAUGGCGAGACUAAGUCUCACAUGCUUUGGACAUGCUGUCAGGAGGGAUCAGUCCCUGGAGAAGGACGUCAUGCUUGGUAAAGUAGAGGGUCAGUGAAAGAGAAGAAGACCCUCAAUGAGAUGGAUUGACACAGUGGCUGCAACCGUGGGCUCAAGCAUAACAACGAUUGUGAGGAUGGCACAGGACUGGGCAGUGUUUUUUUCUGUUGUACAUAGGGUCACUGUGAGUCAGAACCGUCUCUGUGGGUCCUGACAACAACAUGCUGAGUUCAUAAGUUCAGGGAGACUGCAGGGCAUGCAUGUGGAGAGAGGAGUAGACGGGUGGCCUCUACAGGAAGCAUUAGAGACCAGUCUGGGACACAACUUUGGAGGACCUUGAAGGGCAAGCUGAGGGGUUGGACUUUAUCCUCUGGAAACAAGCAGCCCAAACCAAACACAGGACUACUCCUGCCUUGCCCCUCAGUCUUGUUCACUAGACCCAUGGUGAGGCGCAUGCCCCCCUCUGACAAAGCUUGCACACAUACCAGUCAGCUGGAUUGGACCACAAAACCAAAACAUAAACGUAUCAGGCAAAUGGGACCUUCAGUGCAGCCACAAGAACAGUGGGUUCUUUUUAGUUCCUUAAUGUAGAUGGUUAAGCAGGGCAGGUAUGUACAGACUUUUUAAAAAAUCCUGUAUCUGAUGUUUAUGCCAGGACCUGGGAGGCGGCCUGAAGGGAACUGGUUGCUCCCAGAGCUGGGUGGAAGCGCAGCACUUGAAACGGCACUCCCUGUUGCCACGCACACUUUUCCUGGGCCAUGUAGACCUCUGCUUUGGCUGGUCCUUGGGUGGUGGUCAUUUGGAGAUUUUGAAAGGGCUUAGUGAAGUGGAAGCAAGUGAUUGGAGGAGUCAGGUGGCAAUUUGAGGAUGAGGGAAGGAGAUGGUAAAUCAUUGGUAAAUCAUUUCAGGUUCAGGGAAACAUUACAUUACCUUGUUGAGAAAGCCAUCAGCCUGCCGCCUAGCUAACUGAACUUUGUCAGCAGUUAAGAGGUUAUUUGAAUAUUUGCCCAGAGGUGGUAGGGAGGCAGUCGGUUGUUCCCUGGGGUUACUGUCAUCCACCUCUUUCUGCUGACGGGAAUUAUGACAGGACUUACCCAAAGCAACCAGUAAUUUAAAGAAAAUUCUAAAAAGUGGAGGGGCGCUGGCUUUGGGUUAUAUUUCUCAAGAGUUCGCUUUGGUUUGGUUUUGGUGUCAGUAGAUAUUUUUUCCCUUGGUGUAAUCCACGAGGCCUAAUACACAUAGUAAAUUAGUUUCCAUUCCUUGAGCAUACUUUGGGUUGUGCUUGGUAGCAUCAGAAGCCCCUCUUAGGAAUUACACAUUUGCUGAGGAGAACACACAGAGGGGAGGCCCCAUGUGAGGGAGAUGCUAUAGUACUGGGCCUUGCAGGCUGAGGAGGUGUUCAGGCCCCUGACGGUUUCAGGAGCUGCCUGGGGCUCCUGCAAGCACCUUGUCUUUCACUGUGCUGCUCAGGAGAAAGAUGCGGCUGUCUGCUUCUGUAAAGAUUACAGCCUUGGAAACCCUACAGGGCAGUUCUGCUCUGUCCUGUAGGGUUGCUAUGAGUGGGAAUUGAUUCGACGACAACAACAGAUUUUGGGUGUUUUGCGCGUAGUGUGGCUUUGUGUUCUGCUAAGCCCACAGGCUUCUCCAGAGUUAAAAUGAAGAGAAAACGUCUCUUGGUGGUUUUUUUAAAUUGGUGCACUUUUUUUUAAAACCAAGGAAGAGUAUGUCCUUCAGAAGGAACCCAGCUUCCCAGGAAGCACUCAGCUCUGCUUUUUCAGAGCAGUGAUGAGCCUCGCUGACAGAGCAGGCUUCCCACGGCUGGCUGCUCAGUGCCCUGGGGUUCUCAGCCAGCAUCCAGGCCAGGGCUCCUCUCCCUCCCACUUGCUUCUUCCAGAGUGCUUCGGGGCUGCUUUGGUUUAAACCAAAAUCAGAGCUGCUGUGAGCAGAUCGAAACUAUCCCCUGGGGUGCCUGGGGGCACACAUGGCGUGUGUCUUGUCUUUGGCACACUCAGUCUCCAGUGGGUGUCGGGUCAGCUAACGUGCCUAGAUGGAGGUGCAGCGUGGUAGAGAACAGUUCCCCAAGUCACACAGGAUGGGUCUGCCCUCUUUAAUAGAGAGGGCACACUUAAUUUUUUCAGGCCUAGCUCUAGUUGGAGUCUGCAGUUUGUGAGUUUACCUUGGUUCUGGCUAGUAGUGCAUAUUUUGUGGAGAACCGGAUCCUUCCACGCGUGUCCACCAAGUCUGGCAGCAGAACUAGAAGGCAGGAGAGUUGGCACACGGGAGGCCUUUCCUAAGCCAAGCUGGGAAACACUUGCUGACGGAUACCAAAGUUCUUGGGACCUCCUGGAGCCUUGAGCAGGGCGUGGAGAUGGCCAUCAGCAGCCUCUUACUGUCCAUCAAGUGCCAGUCCUGUAACCUCAGGGCUGCUGCAGUGAUGGGCCCCCAUCACAUCUACAGUGACCAGAGCAGUCCUGCCUGAAAGGGCACUUUGGACAGUAAGUGGUAGCCUACAAACAGGUGCACCCUAGUUCUGCUGCUUCCAGGUGGCCUUGUCUUGCCUUCUGCUCUGCAGGUGACUGAUGAUAAUUUAAGAGUGAACUGGGCAUUCUAGCAAUUAGUCAUAACAGUUACUUCUGAGCCUGGUUCUCUGUUCUGAAAUGCAAAAGGGUGGAUUGAAACAUCCUUUGAGGAAGAAUACUCUAGGACAUGUUAUGGUUUACUCACGGCCAGUGUUGGCUUUGAGGUAGGAAGGGUCUUCAUGCGAUGCAGUGCGCUGACAGAGCCCAGUAGGAUGAGGUGCUCUCUGCCAGUGCUUGUCGCUGGGGGCCCGCCAGCUCAGUGCCUUGUUGAUGGAGCUUCAGCGUCUCCCAGGUCCCUCUGCCUCCUUUCCCCCAGUUCAGAGCACUCCUUCUUAUAACACACGGCAAUGGGCCGAAAAUGCUGCAUAAAAAGAAUGUCACAAUGGUCUCCCUUCUCACAAUAUAUGUGUCGUGUUAAACGUUGGGGGAUUUCGUAGUCGGUCUGCAGCGUAUUUGACAACUUGGGGAAUACCUGUGUCGACUCCUCCAACUUGCAGAGCUCACUCCUACCUCGUAGCCAUUGCAUUGGCUGUUCCCCCUGCUUAGAACGCUCUUCCCUCAAGACCUUGGGCAGUGGCUUUUCCUGACCACCUAAUGUAUUUACCACCACUAACAAACAGUUGAUGUUGAGUCAACUCCAAUUCAUGGUGAGUGCAUAUGUUUCAGAGUAGAACUAUGCCCCAUAGGGUCUUCAACAACUUGUUUUGUCAGAAAUAGAUUACUAGGCCUUUCUUCUGAGGCAGCUCUGGGUGGACUCGAACUACCAGCCUUUUGGUUAGCAGCCGAACUUGUCAAGUAGUUGCACCACACAGGGACUCAUAUUCAAAUCCACUUAAAGUCUGCCUCCAGCCCUGAUCACGUUCUCCCUUGCCCGUCCUGUCUGCCUUGACGGUGCAUGGCACUGUUUGAACCCCUCCUGGUCCUUGCUAGGCUGUGACCCCCCCCCCCCACCUCCCACCCUAAAGCGUUAGAGCAGUGAAAGCAGGGGCCUGGUUUGUCUUCUUCCCCACGGUCUCCCUAGCACCUGGCUUAGGUAGAUAAUCAGGAAAUUCUGGCUGGAUGAAAUGGCUUCUCUAAAUCACAGCUCUGUAUCCCUGUAUUCGGAAGAGUUAGAGCGAACCUUCCCUCUAAUGCGUGCUUAGCUUGAGAAGAGCUAGACGAUUCUCUUCUGCCACCUUAGAGGGCCUCUCGCCAAGUGUGUUUGUUGUAAUCUAACCUUAGGUCUGGGACGAAAAACGUGAUAGAGGUUUCAAGCCUUUCAAAAGAAUUACCUUUUACAGAUUUUUUUUUCUCCUCGGGUAGAAAAGGAAGAGCACAUGAGUGUCGCCUUAGAUCAGAGGUGUGCAGUAGCUCAGUGUGGUCAUGAGUCUAAAGGUGACUACUGACUGGAAUGGCUGGGCUGCACUAAAGGGAGAAGCGGGCGCCCUGCCAGGACGUGGGGCAGCAGCACUGGUGCAGUGUGGGCGCGAGGCUGAGCCGGCACAGCCUCCCCGGGGCACCUGGACGGUGUCUGUCACAAGCGCAAACGCGCAGACCUGCGAUGAGCCAGCAGUGCUACUUCUCAGACCUUUUCCUGAGUACGGGAGUUUCAUUGCAUCGUUGUUGUAAUAGCAAAAAGUCGAAAACUACCAUCAGUAUAGGGCAAUGAUUGCAUAAACCGGGGCCAAUCUAUACGGUGGACUAUUAUGCAGACAUUUAAAAGAAUGGAGCUGCUCUCUGUGUACUGCCGUGGAAUGAGCUCCAAAAUGCAUGGUUAAGUGGGGGGAAGAGGCUCAUGGUAUACUCGUGUUGUUUAUAAAAAUGGGAAGGGGAUAGAGAAAAUGUGUGUGUGUAUACAUAUAUCUGUACACGUGCACACAUAUACAUGUAUAUCAUACCUAUCUACUUGUAUAUGCCUAGGAUAUCUGGGAGGAUACACAGGAACCUGGCAGCCUCAGUUGCCUCGGGAGAGAAGGGUGGGAGGGAGGAUGUCUUUUCACAGAUACCUUUUGUACCUUUCAAAUUUUGCACCAUGUACAUGUAGUACCUAUUUGGAAAAUAAAUAGUUUGUAAACUUUAAUUUGGUACAGAGCCAAAACAAGUGUUGGUAAGGUUGUGAAGAAAAUGGACACCCUUAUCCAUUGCUGGUGGGAAUGUAAAAUGGUGCAGCCACUGUGGAGAACAGUUUGGCGGUUCAUAAAAAGUUGAACUUAGACUUACCAUGUUCUUAACAAUCCCACCCAAUCCUAGGUAUACAUACUCAGAAGAAGUGAAGGUGGGAACACAAACAAAACCUGUGCUUCAAUGUUCAUUGCAGCACUUUUCAUAGUAGCCAAAAUGUCCAACAGAUGAGUGGAUACACAAAAUACGGCAUAUGCAUACAGUGGGAUGUCAUGCGGCUGUAAAGAGAAAUGAAGUUCUGAUGUAAUGCCACAACGUGGAUGAAACUCGAAAACAUGCUGAGCGAAAUCGGUCAGUCGCAAAGGGACAAAUACUGUAUGAUCUCACGUAUUUGGCAUAAGCAAAUAUAUAGAAAGCAAAGAUUAUUAAUGGUCAGCAAGGAUGGGAGGGAGGGGAAAAGGGGAAGUUUUUGCUUGGGGUCAUGGAGUUAAUGGUGGAAUGUUUUGGGAAAGGUUAGUGAUAACAGUGGUACAACAUGAAAAAUGUGAUCAAUGGCAUUGAAUUGUAAAUUUGGAAGCUGUGUUGGCAGAUGUUUUGUGUCUAUAUUUUCACCACGAUUAAAAAAAAAAGGAAGAUAGAAAAUUCUGGUACAAUAAAUCUGCUUCCUUAAGGAAGAUAAAGAGUUUGA